AUGACCUACAAAGGAGGCACUGCGUCGGUUCUAAAGCGGAGGGAAGAGGCUCUUCAGCCAGCACAUCUGCUGGCAGGUUCUGGGCCAGUGCACCACAGGGAUAGCAAUGACAUUGUGAAGAUUGCAGACAAAAGCUAUCAAGAUCACAUGAUGGAGAUGCAACUAGACGGUAGAUCUGAAGGUGAUGGCUGUAACUUCAGGGGAGAUCAACUGAGUGAUUUCAACAGCAUUUCUGAUUGGAUAGGUCAUAAAGCCAGUCCUCAACUCAAGAUAAAGGAAGACAAUCUGACACCUUCCUGUCCUGAUAUACCUUCCUGUCAUGUGGGUUUUUCUGCAAAACCACUGUGUGGACAAGAACAAAUAUUUUCAACAGUAUUUCCCAAAACUUCAACUUAUUGGCGACAGCAAAAUCCAUCUACACCUGGGGUAUAUGUUCCUGUUAGGAUAAUUUAUAAUCCAACUUCUGAAGGUAAAGAUCUGGAACAUCAGUGUUUUGAACGUUCUAAGGAUCUUCAAGGACAAAGAGAAGAAGAGGAGAAUUUUAUUAUUCUUGUUGACUCAAAUGAGGAUGAGAAUAUAUCACCUCAGUUGGGGAAAACUUUACCUUGUCGUUACAAAAAAUGUCGGAAAUCUUUCCAAGAUCUUACCAGGCUUCAAGAACACAGGAAGCUACACAUGGCUGGGAAUUCAUAUCGGUGCCCCCUUUGUGGCAAGGAGUUUUUUCGGGCAGCUAAUCUGCGAAUGCACAAAUUGACCCAUACUAAAGAGAGACCACACAAGUGUCCAAUAUGUAACAAGGGUUUCAUUCGCACUGCUGAUGUUUGGAGACAUCUCCGCAGCUUUCACAAAAUAGAGCGCUCCAGUGUCGUUUUGGGAAAUGCAAACAUACGGAAUCAAUGGUGCACGCUGAAGAAAAAUCAGGAUAAUAAACGGAAUCCUAAACAGUUGGGCUCUGCUGUCAGCAAUCUUGGAAAAGAAAGUUCAAAGCAAUAUCUCUGCCCAGUAUGUAACAAAUCUUUCAGCAAAUCUAACUUGCUUUCCAAACACAAAGUGAUACAUCGACAAGAAAAGCCAUACAAAUGCAAGGAAUGUGGCAUGGCCUUUGUCCAACUGGCUAGAUUAAAAAGGCAUAAUUUGACACAUACUGGAGAGCGUCCUUUCUCCUGUGAAAGGUGUAACAGCACAUUUACACGUUUAGGUUCAUUACAGCGCCAUCAACGUAUACAUACUGGAGAGAAACCUUAUUGUUGCCCUUAUUGCAAUGUGUCCUUUACAGACUCGGGAACUCUGAGAAGGCAUGAACAGAUUCAUAAAGUCAUCCAAACAUAGUGUUAUAGCUCUAAAAUUAAACUUUAUUUAUCUGCCCUCAAAUAUUGAGAAGCAACCCAUUCGCACUCCAGAUGUACAAAGAAUCCCCAGCUCCUCUACAUAGAUAAGUGCACACAAUCUGACUGCAAGCCAUAAUCAGCCAAUACCCGGAGUUGCUUGAAAAGUUAUCAUUAAACUGUAUUUUAAACAUGACGAGGCAAAAACUCUUAAACACAUUAGGAAUAAUUCUGUCAGAUAUUCCAAUAGUAGAAAAUAAUUCUGUCAACUGUAUUAAAUUAAAAUUAGAUUUUCUCCUAACUACACUCAAUUUUGACAUGCUACUCAAAAGGCUAAUUGUGAUCCUCACUCCAAGAAAAGCUGUUUACUCUCAUGUAACAGAACAAAAAGAUAGUUUUCAAACCAACUUGGAUGUCAUUUCAGACUGCAGCUGGCAAGAUCUUCCCCACUUAAGAAAAUCUAGCCAGUGGGGCAAGGAAGACCUAUACUGUAAUGUGGCACAUUAUAGAUCUGUUUUUUGUCUGCUGUCCUACUUUUCUGCUUGUAAUGAGAGCUGUUCUUACCAAAUAACAAUGAAAAUUGCAUCCUCCAGUAAUACUGAUGUCAUAUCCAUUCUAUUCCUUUUUCUCUGUGUGUAUACACACACACACAUAUUCACUUCAUGACAUGGUUACUCCUUCAUGCUUAAUAUUUUAUAUCAUCUUGAUCACUUAUCUUUUGAUGAUUGUCAACCAAUUGUAGGAGUCAUUUGAGAGUGCUAGGCCUCAGAGAGUGAGUGGGGGAAAAGCCUGUGAUAAUUGAUACGUGGGGGUACAUUCAUAUAUAGAGGUAAUCACUUGAUGCCUCAGGCAUCAGCAUAUACUAAUCUAUAGAAUGGAGUCUGAAGGCUUCAGAGGAUCAUGACCUUUGGUGAGCAUUUUUUUGGUAAAUUUAAAGAAACUCAGUGAAAUGUUUGCUUACUCUUUUGAUCUCAGGUUGUCCAACUGUUUAUAUUUUUUAUAGCCGUGACCUGUUUACUUGAUACAUUA